AGUCGAUUUGAAUUCUCUUCCGGCGGCCGUCGGGGGAUCUUUCAGCUUCACUUCGAGACUGGGGUCCCUCGAGGGCUAGGAAUUCAAGGCUUCACGCUCAAGAUGGAAAGGCCGUCAGACCCAGCGUUGACGUCACCCACCACGCCACAGGCUUGUGAGAUCCCGCCAUCUCCCCAUACUCAUAGCUCAGGAAAGCAACCUAUGAGUGCAACACUGAGGGAACGAUUAAGAAAAACAAGAUCAUCGUUUCAUUCCUGUUACAGCACCGUGGUCAAACGUCUUAAAGUUGAGGAUGAAGAAAGAGAUGAGAGUUUCUCAGACAAGUCCAUCUCUUCAACAGAUGAAAACUGUUUGGGAUUUCAAGAAAGUGUGAAGCACAGAGGCCGUGAGUUUGAAGAAAGUACAUACUUGAACAGUGCCAUCCAGGACAUCAGUGCACGUGAUGCUACGCCACUUGAUGGUGGGCCAAGCAGUGCUCGCCAAAAUACUUCUGUCCACGAGAACCUUCCCUCCCCAGGAGGGGGACGGGAAGAAAGAGCAAUGUUGGUAAAGCAGAUUCAGGAGAAAGAAGACUUUCUUCGGAGGCUAAAACUAGUCAAAAUGUAUAGAUCGAAGAAUGACCUGUCUCAGAUACAGUUGCUGAUAAAGAAGUGGAGAAGCUGUAGCCAGCUGGUGCUUUAUGAGUUGCAGUCAGCUAUGUCUGAGGAGAACAAGAAACUAAGCCUGACGGAGUUGAUAGACCACUAUGGGUUAGAUGAUCAAUUGCUACACUACAACAGAAACGAAGAAGAAUUUAUAGGUAUUUAAUUCAUAGUUUUUCUGUGACAGUGACAACCUAAAGAAGGUGCUUUCUAACUUUUAAAGGGACAGUAUAUACCAUUGGGGUACUCUGUUACAUAAGUAUAAACUAAGUUCUAAUAUUUCAUAUUUUGAAAUUUAAUAUUUGUAUAAAUUUGCCAAAGAAAACGACAUUUAAAGAAAUGUGAUCAAAACACCAUUAAUUAUGUUUAAAAAAUAAGUUGGACAAUUUCUGGAAUCCCUUUUUAUAGUUGCUUAUUAUGGCAAAAAUAUUUAAUUUCAAAUGUUAAUAAAUGGUCUAGUUGGUAGCUGUCUAAGCCAGUGCUUCCCAAAGUGAGUGGUACUUCCCCCUGGGGGUAAUGCUAGAAUGGUUCAGGCCCUGGAUCAUGAGCUAUAGUACUGGAAUGUUUAUUGCCAGGGGUACAAUGAGUAAUUUAAAAAACUUUUUCUGAAAAGGAGGUAGUUAGGUCAAAUAAAUUUAGGAACUUAAUGAUCUAACCCUAAACAGGUCUUAAAAUGCUGUUCUGAAAAUGCCUACCUCUUUUCCUCAGUUCAUGACCCUUGAUAGAUGCAUUUCUCCAUACUCCAUCUGGAUGCAGAUAAUCCAGCUCAUAUGUCCCAAAUUAUAUUCUUCCCUGCCUCUUUUUGAAGUCGUUUCUCGUAUCCAUUUCAUAUAGUGUGAUGACCAUCUGUUGCUUAUAAGAAGGACUGAUCAUUUCCCACAUCAAAGCUUCAUGGCAUUCAAACUUCCUGCAUCUACUUUCCCAGCGUUAUCUGUGAAACAGAUUACCCGGAGAGUGUCUACCCAGUUCACAGCGAUGCCCCUUCAGACACGCCCCAUCCACAGGCUUGAGUUUCUGACUGCCAGGUUGUACAAUAUUAACUUUUAGCCCAGCUGAGAGUUUGGGAAAGAAAGCCCGUGUUUUUGUGGAUGAAAUUUAUAUGUAAACCUGGGGCAGCAAAGUUGUUGAACUUAAGGAUAAUACGUGCAUUUACAGAAAAGGCAGAGAGGAUGGAGGUUAAAUUAAUCUUUCCAGGGUUCCUCCUUUUGGGUUCUUUUAAAAACAAAAAAUGUACUAAAGGUGGAUCGGUGGGUACUUUUGAAGAAAAGUACUUCCCUACAAGUUGGUAAAUAGCCAGCACCCUGAGGCCUUCCCCACCCUUUCUACCGAGCCCCUCCUCCCUGAUCUAAUAGCCCCUAUCACACAAGAGGGACCUCGGGACCCUGUUCUCAUGUCCGUUCUAAGAGUGUCUGUGAUGGUUAGUUUCAUGUGUCCAAUUAGUGCUCUAGUACUAUAUCUAAUACUACUAUCCAGCACGAAUGUAGGUAUUGCUGUGAAGGCAUUUUGUACGUGUGGUUAACAUGUCCAGUCAGUGGAUUUUGAGUAAAGGGAUGACCCUUGAUUGUGUGGGUGCUUUAAAGGGUAAAAACAGCUUCUCUGAAAGGAAGAAAUGAUGCUUCAAGGCUGCAGCCCUGUCUGCCUGGGUUCCCAGCCUGCUGGCCGCCUCCACAGAUGCUUGACUUGCCAGUCCCCACAAGCAGAUGGGCCAGUUCCUUAAAAUAAU